CGGUAAUAACCGGAUCAACAUGGCCGUCUAACGUAAAGGCCGGCAGCGGUAGAGACGUCGUUUCUUAAAGAGUACGAGGGUAAAAUUUCUUGCAGUAGUUCGGAACGCGGCGGGAAGCGUUUCAUCGGCCUGUUACUUUCUCGCUGGUGCUCGCAAGCGAGGGGAAGGCCAGCGGAACGCGAGAGAAUCCGCGAGAAUAAAUGCCAAGGGGCUGAAGAGGGGGCGGUGAAGAAGAGGAGGAGGAAGUGGAGGAGGAGGAGGAGGAGGAGGAGGAGAAGAAGCAAGAGGCCGAGUGGUGCCAUUGGCAAUAGUAAAGAGAGAUAGUUGUCAAGAGAAUUGUAGGAACGGUCAAGAGCCGAAGUCUGCUUGCACGCUAAUAGUACCGCGAGAGAUAUUAUGCGACGGCUCGGUAUGAAGAACAAGCAUAGAAAAUCCGAACUGGCGAGCGAUAGCGAGCCGGAAGAAAAUGUCGACGCACGCGCGGCCAGUGACGACAACGACAACGACGACGAGACGCAGGCCGGUAAGACUAAGAACAACAGCGCGCAAAAGUCCGCCACGAAAAGACGCUCGUCGCGCGGUGCAUUGAUGCAGAAGCCGGUGGCGAGCUCGAAUGAUGAUGUAAACUCUGAUAACGACUCUGCGACAGUAGAACUGAAAGAGCGGGAAAACGGCGAGAAGAAACAGUCACCGAACAAGCGUAGAAAGAAGGAAGACCAACGAGCAUCCACCUCGGCCCGCGACAAGCUCGAAGUCGAGAAUGAAUAUGAGGUCGAAAGGCUCAUCAAUAUUCGUACCAUUAAAGGCCGUCGACAGUUCUUGGUGAGAUGGGUAGGUUACGGGGAAAAUGAUGACACUUGGGAAAAUGAAAAGGAUUUGAAUUGUUCUCAACUGAUAGAAGACUUUUUAGCUGAGGAAAAAGAUAAAGAGAAAGAAAAAGAAAUUAAAUUAUCAAAACCGAUCAAGACAGAAAAAUCUAAAAGAUCUUCCAGAAGUACUCCCAAGAAACAAAUCCAAGAAAAGAAAGAAAAUCCAACGAAAGAAAUUAACGAAGAAGAUAGUGGAGAGGAAAAAGAGAUCUCAAAGGAAUUUGAGGUCGAAAAAAUAAUAGAAGUACGUUUUAAGAAAAAUGGCUCAAAAGAAUUUUUAAUCAGAUGGAAAGGAUUCAGUGCGUCUGACGACACGUGGGAACCGGAAAAAAAUCUAAAUUGUCCAGAACUCAUUGCAAAGUUUAUGGAAAAGUUAGAAAAAGCGAAGACCUCCGAAAUGCGGGUACUCAGAACAAAUCGGGUACAUACUAAACGGUAUACAUUAACAACACAAUCCCGUGAAAGGAGAUUAUCGAAACGUAAUAAAGACAAGCAAAGGACAACUUACCAUGAAUGUGAUGAAUGAAGAAUAUCGAAACCCCAAUCUUUAUUUUAUUCAAACAAAAUUUAUAUAUAUAUACACACACACACACAUACACACACACACACACACACAUAUAUAUAUAUAUAUAUAUAUAGUUCGUAGUUCUACAAUAAAAAAUGGAAGGCGGUUCAAGAAAAAAAGAAAGGGAAACAAAAAGAAAUAUAUCAAAAUAUGAAUAAUUUGCUAUUACAAUAAUAGAAGUAUGUAAGGUGUGCACAUACUUUUUCGAGAAAGUGAAGAGUCCGUAUAAAUAAGAUAAAAAUUAAUCAGCAUAUACACGUACAUGUAUAUUUAUUAAUACAGAAAGACUAAAGAAUUUCCAAGAUAUUUAUAUUAAUGAACGUGUGUGCGCGCAAAUUUUGACGUAGUAAAAGAAUAGGUUUAUUUGAAUGUAUAAUGUGAGGAAAAAAUUAUUUAAGUGUAUAACAUGAGGGGAAAAAUUACAUAAUUUCUGACUUUUUAAUCUUGUAAUUAGUUAUAAAGAGAAAGCACUUAAAAAUAGAAAAAAAUUUUUCCUUGACAUAUACGUUUAAAUAAAAGAGAGGCUUAGGAUCUAUCAUGACUUCUUCCUCUCAAACGAUGCAAUCGAAACAUUGAUCUUUUUAUUCAUUUAAUUAAGCUUAAGAGAGGUAGGACAUUUGUGUCAAAUAUGUCCUUUAAAAAAAAUAAUUAAGUUAUCACGUUCGACUAAUGUCGCAUUUAUUCUAUACUACAAUGAAUGUGUAUUACAAAUUUAUAAUCAAGAAAAAUUAUGUUGCGUUUAAAAUCGCUCUUUUUAUUAAUUCAAGCUUUUCUAUUAUUAUACAAUAUUAUUUCAAGAUAAGCGAUAUGAAGUGCACCUGUAUAUCUUUUCCCGAGAUAUAUUUUUAAAAAAGAGCUGUCAGGACAUUCAUGUUCCAACAAAAAGACAAAUAGUAAAUUGCCACUUCGUCGAAACGCAAUAUGAAAUUCUUAUAAUUCUAGGAUAAGGAAAUUAAAAGAAAGACUCAUGUUUAAAA